GAGUGAAAUAUUCGAUUGUCGAUUUUUUGCUACCAGAGCCGCCUUAUGGCACUUGUUAAGUUGCUGUGAAGCUGGUUAAAUCAUUUCACAUACAUCGAGUAUAGCAUCUCUCGUUUUGCUUGGUUUUGGUGCAGCAAUUAAACAAGUACAAAACAGCCAAACGAAGAAACCGCGGAAUAUUGAGUUUAAUAUAAAAUCGAAGAAAAAAGAUAGUUGAGAAGAAACGGCCAAAAGAGUAAAGUCUUGAACGACGCAAAACGAGAAGAAUUAAAGGGAAAAUCAGAGAAAAAAUCUUGUGAAGCGGAAAUAAGAAGGAAGUCGAUUGUUUCAUAAUGGCCGAUAAAAAAGUAACGGAACAAUAUUAUACACCACCACCAAAGCUAUCCGGCUGGGAGAGUUUUAAACUAUUUAUGUGGAAUGGCGAGACAAGUGAAUUCCUCGGCCGUACAGCUGGCAGUUGGGGGAAGAUUCUUGUGUUCUACGUAGUAUUCUAUAUUGCAUUGUCUGGUUUCUUCGCUGGUUUGUUGGCAAUAUUCUGGCAAACACUCGAUCUGGAACGACCAAAAUGGCAGUUGGCCGAAAGUAUAAUUGGUACAAAUCCAGGUCUUGGUUUUCGUCCAAUGCCACCAGAAGCACAUCUUGGCAGCACAUUGAUUUGGUAUAAAUCCAAUCGUCCCGACAACAUGAUCUACUGGCAUGACACAGUCAACAAAUUCCUUGACGUAGAUUACAAGGAACCAAAAUUCGAAGAUAAUAUUGACAAUGAAUGCAGCUUUAGUCAUCCAGCUUCAAAUGGUAAAUACUGUCCAUUCAGAAUCGAAACCUUGGAGAAUUGUUCGCCAUCUAAAACGGAUGGAAAAUAUGGUUUUCCAGAUAAGAAACCAUGCGUCUUCUUAAAAUUAAAUAAGAUUUACAAUUGGACUCCACGAGUCUUCAACGAAACUGAUGAGAAUCAAAUUGCCGACGAGAAUGAACGUUCUCAGUAUCGAAAAAUGCCAGACUUCCUGAAGGAAGCCAUCGCUAAUACUAGAGAUCCAAAAGAGCGUAACUUGAUUUGGGUAUCCUGCGAAGGAGAAAGCCCAGCUGAUGUGGAAAAUCUUGGACCAGUGCACUACUCACCGCGACGUGGUUUUCCGGCAUACUAUUUCCCAUACCAAAAUGUUAAGGGCUAUCAGCCACCAGUCGUUGCUGUGCAAUUUGAACGGCCAAAACCUGGUGUACUCAUCAACAUCGAAUGCAAAGCCUGGGCCAAAAAUAUCGAGUACGAUCGCUCCGAACGAAGAGGAUCAGUCCACUUCGAAUUGAUGAUAGAUUAAAUUUCUUAGUUCAUAACUAAAAAAAAACUAUGAGAAAAAAAUGAAAUAGAAAUUCAUACUAAAUACCAAAACAAAAAACAAAAAAACAACCUAAGCAAAAGUAAAACAUCAACAACUUAAACUUGGAACGAUUUAAAAAAAAAGAGAACAGAACAUCUAGUGCCGGCAAAAGUGCUGCGGCGGGCAGAUCAUACAAAAACAAAAACAAAAAAACAAAUUGUGGUAUUUGUAAUAUUUCCCAUUCCUCAUUUGUGUUCGAUUCGACAUUAUUUUUUAGGCAUUUUAGAGUUAGUUUGUUUCAUUUAAAGAAUAACAGCAAACAAGAAGGAGAAGAAAAAAACAAACUAAGAAUAUUUUGUCCGUUAUUGUGUCGCAAACAACAUUAACAACAACCCAGGUAAAAAUGCGUGCGUAUCGUCUCAAGAGCGUUCCAAAAGCAGAAAUUUAAAGAAAAAACAAAGAAAAAUUAUUACGUCAAUGUCAAAAAGCACUACCAAUUAAUGUGUUAUGUAUUUAAAUGGAGAUAAAAAAAAACCAAAUGCAAAAAAACAAAAAUAGCAAAAGAAGUAUUAAAAAGAUAAAAAAAAAUCACAAAAAAAUAAUAAUUCAUCAGAUGCUGUUAUAGAAAUGUUAUAGUAAGAGCUAAACUACACAUUAUCAAGGUCAUCGUCUCGGUUGGAAGAACUUCGACUUUAUGCAUAACACAAACGCUCUCAUAAACUACUAUUUCUUGUUUCGUCGUCAUUUUCAUUCGACGUUUAUGUGUACUGCACACACGUAUACACCGUUUCAUUUCCUUCCGAUAUGAACCUGUGCUUGUCACCCUUCAUUUGAGAUAGAAAGUGUUUGUAUGCUUGAGAUAGCCCCAAAGAAUGUAAUUGAGAGUGUGCAAAACCAAAAGUUCUUCAUCUACGAAAAUUUUAGAUAUAUUAGCAUAAAACCGAGACAUAUAAACACAGAGAAACAUGAUUCGAGUGCGGAAGAGGUGUAGUGAGCAUGUAAUAAUUUAUUAUAUAAAUGUGUUGAUAAAAAAUUGAUAUUACAUAAUUUUUAGGAUCUUAUUAAACAUAGGUGACUAUUAUUGACGAACAUUAUUUAUUUAUCAUUUAACGAAUAAAAUUUAAUGAGAAAAAGAAAAUCAUGGAAUGGAAGCAAAAAAAAUCUAUUUAAAAAACAAACUGCAUAAUUGUUACUAACAUACAUAUACACACAACUCACAAAAUCGACACAAAUUAAUGUUUAGCUAAAAUUAAAGAAACAAAAAAAAGUAUAACGUUGAUCAAUUUUUUGCUUACUUAGAGAAAGCGAUAUCUUUUUUGUCGUCUUGUUUUAAUUUGCUUCUCAUUUAGUUUUAUCGAGUGAACACAAACAAAACAAACAACAACAACAACAACAACACCGAGAGAGAAAAGAGUUACGUUUAGAUUUAUCCCUUUUUAUGAAAUUGAGAGUAACAUUGAGAUCAUUUCUAAGAGUAAAAAUUAUUCUAUUUGAAAUUACCCAAAAGUAUAGAUGAGAACAACAGAAAACAACAAAAGAAAACCUUGUAAAAUCUGUAAAGUAGUCAUUUAGAGUGAGUGAAAAUUUUGCAAAUUUAAGCAGACACAAACAAACCAAAUAAAUAACAAAUUAUUAUUAUUAUUAAUGAUAUUUAAUUAUUGCCGGUACUUACCAAAUAACAAAAAACCAAAUAAAUUAACUUAAAGAAGUGACAUCACAUGUUUUAGCCAUCGAUUUAAAUUCGAAUAAGAAUAAAUUCUAAUGAAUAAAAAAACUGAAGAAAUUAGAUCACAAGAAACCUUAUUUAUAAAAAAAAACAUAUUAUUAAUGUAUUUAUUACAUGUAGCGUCGUCGUUUUCACUCUCGAUUUCAAUCAUUAAAAUAAAAAUGAGACAACAACAAAGCAAACACUCAUUCUCAUACCAAAUUCCACUUACACUAACACAGAAAAAAACGCUUUCAAAAAACAAAAUGAACAAAAAAAACGAAGCGGCUACGUAUGUGUUCAAAUUAAUUUAAAUGUUGACGAAAAGUAUUUAAGCAUUAUUUUUCCGGCCGUAAGAAAUUUAAUUAAAUAAAAAAAAACUAUACUUAAUUAUGAAAAUCAAUACUUAAAAUUGAAUUACUAAACAAACACACACAUACACAUUUUAAGGAGAAGGCGACACAUGUCUAAGCCCUUCACAAAAUGGCGGGGGGUGAUGGACGAUUAGAAAAGUCUUAAUUGGCGCUGAAAAACUGACAACAACAAAAAAAAAUCCACUUAAAUUAUUAUAUAAAUAUGAGAUUGCUCACUUUUGAAGAUAUUCAACACUGUCACGCGCGCUACCAGGGAAACAGGUAUUUGUUGUGCGCAAUGAACCGACUAUUUCGCAGCACACAUGCCAAUUUGCUCGCGCGUACGCUGGACAUUGUAUCCAACAUACACGCGCGCGAUUCGUAUGUUUUUGUGCUCACAUUUUCUACAAUGUUUCUCUCUGCUCCAAAUUUGUUUUUAAAUUAGGAAUAGAUUCGGUACAAAGAACAACAACAAAAAAUCAUUUUAUUAAAAAAAACCUUGCCCGCUACGUGUCUGUGUAGAGCCUUUAAUUCACUGUUAGUAGUUAUUUGCCAAAACAAAAAGAAUGAAAAGACGAUGAUGGGAUAAGAAAAUCGUAAUGAGAUCACAUGUUAUUUGUACAUUUAAUUUUAUAUAUAUAUGGUAUAUUAAUUCUGGUUUUUAAUUUUUCAAUUCAAAAAGAAUCCGGAUUUUAAAAAAAAAUUAAUGGGUUUCCCUGUUUGAGAUUUCGAGCUCGCGGCUCGACUCUUUCUGCUAUGUAUGAGCUGUGAUGCGUGUGAAAAACAACAACACCAACAACCAAUGGAAACCAAAUAUGUGUGUAUGUACGUCUGUCUGUGUGUUUUAUUACGUGCAUGCAUGUUUAUGAAAUGCCUCCCCCGUUAAAUAUAUAUAUAUAUAUAAUAUGUAUAAAAUACAUAUAACAAUUUUGUUUUGAAAGACAAAAGAAAUGACAUGCUCGUGUGUAUCAUUUCUUUUGAAUAAUAUAUACAUAUUUAUAUAUAUAUAUAUCGAUUGUUAUUUGGCCAUAAAAGAGAAGCGUUCCAGCUUCAUGUAUUUAUUUGCAAUCUGAUCGAUUAAAAGUUCAUUUUUUUAAAACAUGAUUUUGAGAUAAAUUGUCAUUCGCGCAUCUUGAAAUUUAUUUCUUGUUUUUUCACAAACAUGUCGAAAAAUUCAAUGAACACUUUUACUAUUUAUUUUGUUGGGGAUUUUUUUUUUAUUUCAAGAGUUUUACUAAACAAAGUUGAAACAAACUAUAAAAGUAAUUAUUACUAAAUAACAAACAAAUAUUAGCAAAAGCAGAGGAGGAAGAACAGCAAUUUGAAGAAAAAAAAAACAGUGAAAAAUUGCAACACACACAUACAUCUGCGCAUUCUCCGUCACACAGAGAAGAUUAGAAGCAAACUAUAAAGAAUGAAAAAAAAAAAAAACAUAAUAACAAAAAAUCUAAAAGCUA